AGGAAAAUCCAGACAUCCUCAUUUGAAUAUUCCUACACAAACUUCCAGAACCUUCUUCCCAGCAGUAUAUAGACCUCGAGAAACUGUUAGUUUGCAGCACGUCAGCACGAGAUAAGAAGAUCAGAGCAUCAGAGCAGCUGUGAAAGAAUGAAAAUCGAAAUCUUUGACAACACUAUGAAAACCUUUCAAGCUUCCCAAACUUGCCCAAACACAAAGCAAGAAUGUGGGUGACCAACCUCGUUACUUUGUGCCUUUUGGCCGUGGCCUCCUCAGCUGAGGAAAAGAAACUCAGCAGCCAUGCGACUUCCCUGGCCGACACUAGCAGCCACCUUGCUUUCAACCUGUACCAUACCCUGGCCAAAGAGAAGAACCUGGACAACAUCCUGAUCUCCCCUGUGGUGGUCGCAUCCUCUCUGGGCUUGGUUGCCCUUGGAGGAAAGUCCACCACUGCCUCACAGGUCAAGAAUGUCCUAAAGGCCAAUGCACUGAACGAUGAGCACCUGCAUAAGGGACUGUCUGAGCUCAUGAGUGAGGUCAGUGACCCCGUGGCCCGCAACGUCACCUGGAAGAUCAACAACAGGCUGUAUGGCCCCAGUUCCGUCAGCUUUGCUGAUGACUUUGUAAAGAGCAGCAAGAAGCACUACAAGUGCGAUCACUCCAAGAUCAACUUCCGGGACAAGAGAAGCGCAAUCAACUCCAUCAAUGAGUGGGCCGCCAAGUCCACUGAUGGUAAGCUGCCAGAAAUCACCAAAGAUGUCAAGAAUACAGAUGGUGCCAUGAUCAUCAAUGCCAUGUUCUUCAAACCUCACUGGGAUGAGAAGUUCCACCACAAGAUGGUAGACAAUCGUGGGUUCCUUGUGUCCCCUUCCUUCACUGUAUCUGUCCAAAUGAUGCAUCGCACAGGUCUUUAUGGCUUCUAUGAGGAUAAAGAGAACAAGCUUUUUGUGCUCAACAUGCCUCUGGCCCACAAGAAAUCCAGUGUGAUUUUCAUCAUGCCCUACCAUGUGGAGCCACUGGAGAGGCUGGAGAAGCUUCUGACACAGGAUCAGCUGAACACCUGGAUGAGCAAGUUGCAGGAAACAGCAGUGGCCAUUUCUCUGCCUAAAGUCAGCAUGGAAGUCAGCCAUGAUCUCCAGAAACACCUGGGAGAACUUGGUCUCACAGAGGCAGUGGACAAGUCCAAGGCUGAUCUGUCCAACAUCUCUGGCAAGAAAGAUCUAUACCUUUCUAAUGUGUUCCAUGCCUCUGCUUGGGAGUGGGACACAGAGGGUAACCCAUUUGACACCAGCAUCUUUGGCACAGAAAAGCUCAGGAACCCCAGGCUGUUCUAUGCUGACCAUCCAUUCAUCUUCCUGGUGAAGGACAACCAGACCAACUCCAUCCUCUACAUCGGUAGACUGGUUAGACCAAAGGGUGACAAAAUGAGAGAUGAAUUGUAGUUUGAAUUUGCUGAUAAGAGUAGCCUUUUUGUUUUUCAAUUGUUUCUGAUAAUUUGUAUAAAUUGUAGUUUUUAUGGCCUGACAGUUACCUCAUGAACACAAUUCAGCAGGUUGUUUGUAGUUACAACUAAAACCAACUUUUCACCAAGUACAUUUCAGAGCUGAACCAAACCUAGAAAAUGGCAAAAGAAUUCCACUUGAGAGAUUAGAUAAUCAGUUUAUCCACGAGGUUUGACAUAAACUGGACCAUGUGCCUUAUUUAAUUAUUAAACUGUCCACCAGAAUAGAUGCUAUACUUAUAUUAAGUAUGUUAGCAUUCAUGUCAGCCUGUGUGUGAUAUUUAUAACUGUGCCUGAAGAUUUUUUUUUUAAUUCUAAUCUCCUGAUUUUAUGUGACAACUGUGUGGAUUCUUUGACUUAUCUUUAAUGUUUAAAGAGAAAAGGAUUUUUACACUAAUGUUCUCAAUUGCGUAUGUCUUUCAGACACUCCACCACAAUCCAAAUUAUUCAUUCGAUUUCACUGCCUUGCCUUUCUGCACUGACACCCUUUUGUAAGCAUGACAGAUGUGGUCAAUUGUGUUAUGUUCCAAAUCAUGUUUACUGUACAAAAGCUGUGUUGUGCUCAUUUUCUCUCUCUUUUUAAAUAAACUCAGUAAAAUAA